UGAUUAAUCUACGGUGCAUCUGGCAUGUAGCUUUGCAACUCCUUAAUCUUAGUUGAUUUUUACCAAUUUUUAUAUUGCAUCUAAGGUGUAUUCAAAACUAAAAAAUUUGCUUGCUCAUUCUUGAAGCUAAAUGUAAUAACUCGAAAGUGACUAAAAUCGAAAUGUUCUAGUGGUCAAAAUAUGACAUAAAUCCAUGGUGUGUGCGUUCCGAUAUAAACGUGGGAGAGGAGAGGAAGAGAGAUGUGUUGGUGGAUGAAUUACUACAAUUUGCUUAAUAGCUAAUAGACUCAAUUUCUUUAUUUUUCUUUUUUUAAUUUGUUACGGUUUCGACGUACUUAUACGGGAAAGAUGGUGCCGUAGAAAGUCAUAUUUGAGAAAGAGACAUGCACGAUGGUGUGGAUUACGUAGAAAUAACCCAGAUGUGACGGCUAAGCGCGAAUCCCGGACCUUGCGCACCAAAGUCCGGCGCUUUAGCCACGGUCGUGAACACCGUGCGUCUAGACUUUUAAAAUUUCUGGUAUGCUUUUUACGAUCUAUUCACGAUGUCCUUAUAUGCGACGAUACUGCCAUAUCUCAUCCUAGGAUUGUUAGGAUUUACGUUAGGACAUGAUGUCAAGGGUUCAUCAGUUUGUGAAUUUUAUAACGAAACAAUGUGUGCAGAAUCCCAGCAGGAAUGCUCGGGAAGAGAAGAAUGUGGGCCACAUGAUCCUGGCAAAAGAAAUCACUGUUAUGUGCUUUGGAAAAUUGACAAUGUUACUAAGAAAUCUAUAAUUAAAUUAAAGGGAUGUUUUUUGGAUAGUAAUGAUUGCUAUGAUAGGCCACAUUGUAUUGAAAACAGUGCAGAAAGAAAAAAGGAAUUAUUUUUCUGUUGUUGUGAUGGUAACAUGUGCAAUCAGAAUUUCACAUGGGAUCCACAUCCAACUUCUUCUUCUAAACCUAUUCAACCAUCUGUUUUUCAUGAAUCAGAACCUGUUCCAAACACAGAGCAACAAAUAAUAAUACUUGUUUUGUCAAUAUCGAUACCUAUUCUACUACUUGCUAUUAUAUUGUCAUUGUUAUAUUGGUGUUACCGACGUCGGAAGUCGGGAUAUUUCAACGAGGUUUGGAAGGCAUAUGUACCAACACUAGAGCCUCUGCCACUGCCGCAACCAUCUCCUAAUUUGGGAUUGCGGCCGAUACAAUUGCUUGAAAUAAAAGCUCGUGGUCGUUUUGGAGCUGUAUGGAAAGCACAAUUGAAAAAUGAGAUUGUUGCUGUUAAAGUAUUUCCAAUACAAGAUAAGCAAUCAUGGCAAACUGAACAAGAAAUUUUCAAACUUGCCCACAUGGAUCAUGAAGAUAUAUUACGUUUCAUAGGUGUUGAAAAAAGAGGUGAUAAUUUACAAGCUGAAUUCUGGUUAAUCACUGCAUACCAUGAAAAAGGUUCACUAUGUGAUUAUUUAAAGGCAAAUGUUGUUACAUGGCCUGAGAUGUGUAGAAUAGCAGAAUCUAUGGCAAGGGGUUUGAUGCACUUGCAUGAAGAAAUUCCAGCCAAUAAAGCGGAUGGAUACAAACCUGCUGUGGCUCAUAGAGAUUUUAAGUCAAAAAAUGUUUUGCUUAAAGCUGAUAUGAGUGCUUGUAUAGCAGAUUUUGGUUUAGCAUUGAUAUUUCAUCCUGGGAAACCUUGUGGAGAUACUCAUGGACAGGUUGGAACAAGAAGAUAUAUGGCUCCAGAAGUUUUGGAAGGAGCAAUUAAUUUUACAAGAGAUUCAUUUUUACGAAUCGAUAUGUAUGCCUGUGGUCUGGUGCUCUGGGAGUUAGCUUCGCGAUGCACUGUACAAGAUGGACCAAUUGGGGAAUAUAGAUUACCAUUUGAGGAUGAAGUAGGUCUUCAUCCCACUUUGGAAGAUAUGCAAGAAAGUGUUGUGCAUAAAAAAGAAAGGCCAAUCAUUUUAGAAACAUGGCGUAAACAUCCUGGACUGCAAUCAAUUUGUGAUACAAUGGAAGAGUGCUGGGAUCAUGACGCCGAAGCACGUCUUUCAGCUUCUUGUGUAAUGGAAAGGGUUGCCACAUUGAGUAGGACGCUUGUUUUAAAUUCGUCAACGUUGAUACGAGUUGAUAAUACCAACGAGACUAUUACCACUAAGGAAUCUAGUAUGUAGUUAAUCUACAUGUAUUAUAGUUUUAGUUAAAUUGCACAACAGUUUUCUGUAUCAUAAUUUUAUGCAUACAUCAAUGAGGAAUGUUAAAAUAUUGCAUGCUAUUUUGUAAUGAUUAUUUUUUAUCUUUUUAUUGGUUUUUUUCUUUUGUUUUAAAUUAAAAUAAGUCUUAAUGUUUUAAAGUAACGUACAUCAUUGCGAAUAAAAUUGUUUUUGUUAAUUAGAUACUACAGUAUCAAGUAGAAAUAUUUUUACGAAGAUAACUUUUUUAAAUAAUCGUUAUUUAUUAAAUGUAAUUAUUGUCUCAAUGUAGUACUCAUCUUUGGAUUACUUGUAUAUAAAUCAUUCACGUAUAUAUAUAUAUGUCGGAGAUGGAAGGAUACUGGAGCCUCCCCUGUUUGGUACUGUGGGAAAAUCCCGUAAUAUUGCAAUCUAGAUUCUACUAUAACCGUAAUUAAACAAUUGUCAUUCAAUCCAAUUGUAUUUGUUCGAGAUUUGUGAUAGUGGGAUUGGGUUCGAGGUGACACAACUGG